UACGGAGAAUACAGUACUACAAUUGCUACGCUAGGCGUGUUCUGCCGGUCCGGUGGACUUCCCCUCUGUCAAAGACGCUUAUUGCUCUGAGUCUAUGACCAUAUGACUAUGAAGUAGGAGUGGCGUCACGACUAUAUAAACACCGUAGCUGCCGUUUGAGGUUCCAACCCCGGAUUACUAAUCCAAGCAAAACAACUGCGGAGCAACGAACGGAGGUAAAACACUGCGCCAAACCAGAUUUCGGACAGCAGAAAUAACACCAAGACGCGACCAUGUCGAUGACCGUGAAAGCCUACUUGUUGGGCAAAGAAGACUGCCACAAGGAGAUUCGACGCUUUGCCAUUGACCAAGAUGUGUCUUCAAGUUUUGAAUAUUUGAAAGGAAAGGUUGUCGACGUUUUCGGCAAUCUGCGCAAUGGCCCAUUUCAGAUGUUCUACAAAGAUGAGGAUGGAGACAUGAUUGCUUUUUCCUCCGAUGAUGAACUCAUGAUGGGGCUGACAGGAGUGAAGGAUGGCACCUUCCGUCUCUUCAUCAAGGAGAAGAAAGAACACAAGAAGGACCGCGAGUUCCCCAACCACGGCUUCCCAGGAUUCCCCUUCCCUCCUCCCCCCGGACCCCCCCACAUGGGUCCACCUGGUGCCCCCCACAUGGGCCCCCCUGGACCCCCACCACCCCACGGUGACCACCCCCACCACCCUCCUCCUCCCCAGGUACACUAUGGGGUGACUUGUGACGGGUGCGAGGGUCGCGUGGCCGGUACCCGGUUCAAGUGCACCGUCUGCCCAGACUAUGACCUUUGCUCCUCGUGCCAGGCCAAGGGGCUGCACAAGGAGCACGUGCUCAUGCCCAUCUGGCACCCUCUCAACAUGUUCGAGUGGUUCCCUCGCGGCAAGUGGAUGCGCAAGAUGAGGCACUGCAUGUGGGCUGGAGUCAACGCCCAAGCCCAACAGGCCCAGCAAGCCCAGAACCAGAACCAGCAGCCGGGCAGGUGCGGCACCAGACCCCCCUCCCAACAAGGCCCCGAGGCUGCAGCCGCAGACACAGACGCCACAGAGGAGCCCACUCAAGCAGGUGCAGCUAACGCGGCCACCGAGGCUAAUGUGGAGUAUCUGAAGAGCAUUGGAGAAGGAGUGGCGGCCAUGCUUAGCCCCCUGGGUAUAGACGUUGACAUUGACGUGGAGCACGAGGGCAGAAGGGCCAAAGUGAACCCCACACCCCCAGCCUCUGGGGGUCCGUCCAGCAGCCAGAGUGACAGCAGUUCGGGUACCAGUGGGAAGGCCGGGGCCAAGGGCAACGGGGGAGAACCAGGCAGCCACAGCAGCGUCAGCAGCAACAGCGAGGGGGCAAAGGCUCAAAAAGACGGGGGCAGCGAUGAGGAGUGGACUCACCUGAGCUCCAAGGAGGUCGACCCAUCCACCGGCGAGUUGCAGUCCCUUCGUCUGGACGAGGAGCUGGAGGAAGGAGGAGGAGUAGGAGGAGCAGGAGGUGCGGAGGGUGACCCCCGGCCUCUCAGCACCAGUUCCUCAGCCACCUCCUCUAGCACCCCCCAGGGCCCUACAGGUCUCCGUGAGGCUGCCCUCUACCCACACCUGCCCCAAGAUGCAGACCCGCGGCUGGUGGAGUCGCUGUCCCAGAUGCUCUCCAUGGGCUUCACGGACGACGGCGGCUGGCUGACCAGGCUCCUCACCACCAAGAACUUCGACAUCGGGUCUGCCCUAGACACCAUCCAAUACUCCAAGGGCCCGCAGAAGUAGAGGGCCCAAUCGGGGGCCCCCCCCCAGCAGGCAGCACACAGGGCAACACACACAGCAAGACAAGAGUAUCAUGGUCACAUGUCCUAAACUAACUGCCCAGUCACCGCCUAACCUGACCCGGCUAUGAGCAUCAUUCACCUACUACUACUACUCCUACUACCAACUCUGCCUUCCCUUUUAAUGCGUAGCCAUUUCCUUUCAUAUUCCUGGCAAUAUGAGCAACUACUCAGGCGAAAAAAAGUAUAUAAUAAGCAAUCAUUAUCUUUGAUAAGAAGAGUUUCACUGCUUUUGCUUUCAUGAAGGUUUGAAAUGAAGAAUAUAUUCUUCUACCUGUGCCCGUUGUCAUUGAUGAUGAGUACUAGUAUAUACUAUUAAUAACUAUUGGGUGUGCAGGUUAUAUAAAUUGCAUUUAUUGGAAUUUAUACACUUUUACCCACUGCCAAUAUAAAAAGAAAACCUAUUUUAACAUGUUAGCAGUUGAUUAGUUAGUGGUUAGUCAGUAGUCGAUUUGCACUGGUUUGUAUGAAAGGAAUGAUACUGUUGUCGUGGGUUUGUUUAUGAAAGGCUCAUUUGUUUCUAUUGUGAGUCAGAAAUGAUUGGAGUUAUGUCCAUGCCUUCUUGUAUUGAAUGAAAACUAUCAUUGGUGUCCUCCGUCACUUUAUUAACAUGGAGUUUCUGCCUUGUCUGACCAAAAUAAAACUGUUCUGCAAAAUA